AGCGGUAUCGGCAGUCUGGUUUCAUACAUGGACUUCAAUAGUUCGGCGCGGGCACCGGCAAGAGCUUGCAAGAUCGACAGCGACGUUCGCUGUACCCCGGUGGCAGUGUUUUUGUCUAUUUUGUGUGACUAAUCCGCAAUCGGCAAUCGGUGCUUGGCCUCGCCGAUGAGCUUUCGAAUCAACCAAGGCGACUCUAAUCAAUAUCAGCAAGUGAAAGAGGAAUAAUGACUGGAUCAGUCCACGAUCCGAAAUGGAGCCUGGAGAGACGGGAGUCGUCGGGUCAUUUGGUUUGGCGCAAGGAGUCCCCAGAAUCUAAGGUUCGAUUUCGGUUUGAUGUCGAGGUCCUGGAGUUUGAAAAGCAUCCGCAUGAAGAGUUUGAGGAAAAGGAAGAUCACUUCUCAAUCUCAAACCUGUCGACGACAAUUGCCUUGUGUGCCACCUGUGUUGCCGUUGUGGCCGCAACAGUGUUUUUGCCCUGGUAUCUAAUGGAGAGAGUUGGCUCGACAUGACGGCUCUGUCGGUAAAGAGCUAUAACUACAUUUAUGUACAAUAUGUACACUCAUCCGAUCCGUGACGGUAUUAAAUAGACUUUUGUGUAUAUACAACGUAGAUUUUUAAUUAGUUUAAAAUGUAAAUAGUACGCACCGUACAGUGUAAAUAUGACAUUAUAUGCGAAAAGAGCGUUUUUGAUAAUGAUGUGACUUAUGUACAUCAAUUAUGAAAUGAGGUUUAAGUUCUCAUAUGUUUAUUUGAGUGCAGAUGAUGCCAGAUCACAUGCUGUUGCAGGAGAUCACAAGCAAUAAUGUAAUAAAUAAAAAAAACACUUACUUGCCUU